AUGAGUGGCACCCCGCGGGCACUAUCAUCCAAUGGUGUCACCGCCGUGGACUGCCAGAAACAAGUCCGGUCAUGGAGGCUUCUUCGCUCUCUCAUGGAGUUCCUUAUACCCAGCUGCAACUGCAGUACCUUUAUAGAAGACCAAGAUAUCCAACAACAACAAGAAGAAGAAAAUAAUUACCUCCAAAACUGCUAUAAUUCACAGUACGCCUUUAGUACUUCUUCCACAACCAUCGUUGGCACCAUAUUUGGAUUUCGCCAUGGGAAAGUUAGGCUUUGUAUUCAAACCAGUUACAACUCCACCAACUCAGUUCUCCUCCUUCAAUUGGCUGUCCCCACAACAACCCUAGCAAGAGAAAUGCAAGGGAGUAUUCUUCGAAUUGCACUAGAGAGUACUGCCACAAGGCAGGGAUUCAGUAGUACUACUGCUGGUAAUUCUUGCUCUCUUUUGUCCAUGCCAGUGUGGAAAAUGUAUUGCAAUGGGAGGAAAGUUGGGUUUGCGGUUAAGCGCCAGCCUUCCAAGGCAGAUAUGGAGGCACUUAGGGUAAUGAGUGCAGAUCACGUUGUUGUGGGUGCUGGCGUAAUAAGUGGGAAAGAGCUUCAAAGAGAAGACGAGUUAAUGUAUCUUAGGGCAAACUUUGAGAGAGUUUGUGGUUCAGCUAAUUCUGAGUCCUUCCAUUUGAUUGAUCAGGACGGGAGCAGUACUAGUAGUACUGGUCAGGAGCUUAUUAGUAUUUUCUUUUUUCGCUCAAGGUGGUCGUGA